GGAGGAGCUUAGUUCUUGCACAACCAGUUUGCUACUGACAGAAAAGAAUUUGGGAUCAUUUUUAUCAGUACACAUGAGUACAAGCAGGCUGCAGCAACUUAUGAGCCAUACUUGGCCUGAAAAUAAGCUAACCAUCCAAUAAGUUGAUUGUUAUGUGGAUCAGAGCAAUGACGAGUCCUCUGACCACACACGUGCUGAACACUGCCAAGGGUAUCCCUGCAGCCAAUAUAGGCCUCAGCCUACAUCGACUGGAUCCCGCAUCUGAGACAUGGCUGUUGAUUAACUCUGGGCACACGAAUGCUGAUGGACGGUUCCCUGCACUUAUCACACAACAGGAGUUUCUGAGUGGUGUGUACAAAUUGCGAUUUGAAACUGCUCAAUACUGGGAAAGUACUGGGGAGGUGUCCUUUUACCCAUAUGCAGAGGUUGUCUUCACUAUAAGCAACCCAGAGCAAAAGUACCAUAUACCUCUGCUCCUGAGUCGUUUCUCAUAUAGCACAUACAGAGGGAGUUAGGGGUCAAAUGAUCAACAGCCAUUCUACUCAAAAAACAAAAAUGAUGACAAUUGUUUGUAUGCUUUCUAUCAAAAUAGGUUAUCAGAACCAGUAUUAUGACUGUUAUAAGUAAUUUUAUUUCAGUACACUACUUUGUAGUCAUAUUUCUAUUCAUAUUUCCAACCCACUAAAUGCAUGUUUCAAAGUGUGAUUGUUAAAGAUGCAAGAUAUUCACUGUUAUGCCGCUUUCUUCGACUGCAUAACGAAAGUAAAGCCAGGAAAAGCAGAGACCGUGAAAAAAAACAACCAAGACAAUAAAAAAAAUAAUAAUAAUAAUUUACUUUUUUAACAUUGCAGUCAUUUACACACAUGAUGGAAGAUUAGAAACACAAGAAUUGAAGGUAAUUGUUAUUCUACCUGGUGUUUCUCCUCCUUAUCACACUUAAUGAGUCAAAGAAUAGCAGAUCAGUGCUGGUCCUGAAAGUAAAGUACCAUUUCUCAUAGGCACCGUCUAACUGUUUAUUUAACUACAUUACUCUAACACACAUAAUAUAAUUAAUCAGGGAAUAGUAUCGUAAAUCAAAUAUAAAAUAAAUAGCACUUAUACCAUAGUUUAAGGAAAACAAGCAGAAUAUAUUGCAUAAAAGUCACACAACGCCUUCUUAUCACGGACGCCCAACGUGUGCGUCAUGAGCAAGACUGACACAACAACUCUCGCAAUCAGUUCUCCCGGGCAGUCCAGAACAAAUGGCGGGACGCUCUGUCCCAAUGCAAGGUGCACCGGAGAACGCUCGAUAUCCAACUGAUAACUCAACUGACAAGUCUCCAAGAGCCUCUUUGACACUUAGGUGGCAAAAUCCACAACCCUCGUUGCCCGGACACCAGCAACUCCCAAAUCCUCCUGUCCAGUCCACAAAUAGACAACAAUCCCAAACACAACCUUCUUCCUGCCCACGGCCUGCUCCGCGAGAGCCUUCAGAAGACUGAAUGUUUAACUAAGCGUUGUCAUUUUUUCUCAGGAACCUUUUGUUGACUUCUGAUAUGGUGACCUUGAAACGAGUUUGCCUCCUUGCCUGAGUCUGUUUCGCCUUUCUGUUUGAUCACUGUCAGGCCGAAUAAA